GUGGUUUUAGAGGUGAAACCGGGCACUGGGGAGUGAGAGAGAGAGAGAGAGAGAGAGGAAAUGGCAAAGGAAGGAGAGGCGGUAUGUGUAACGGGAGGGAGUGGUUAUAUUGGUUCGUGGCUGGUCCGUUUUCUCCUCGAACGCGGCUACACAGUCCAUGCCACCGUCAAAGAUCUAAAUGAUGAGAAAGAGACAAAGCAUCUAGAAGCCUUGGAAGGAGCGAACUCGCUUCUCCGCCUCUUUCAAAUCGAUCUUCUCGACUACGACUCCAUUGUUGCCGCCGUCAAUGGAACCGCCGGCGUCUUCCACCUCGCUUCUCCUUGCAUUGUCGAUGAAGUUCGAGAUCCUGAGAAUGAGCUAUUAGCUCCGGCGAUUAAGGGGACAAACAACGUUCUCACGGCGGCAAAGGAGCUAGGGGUUCGGCGUGUGGUCGUGACCUCAUCUAUAUCGGCCAUCACUCCAAGUCGUUAUUGGCCAGCUGAUGUUGUCAAGAAUGAGGAUUGCUGGACCGAUGUUGAAUAUUGCAAGCAUAAUAAGUUAUGGUACUCGCUUUCUAAAACAUUAGCCGAGAAAGCUGCCUGGGAAUUUGCGAAGGAAAAAGGUUUGGAUGUGGUUGUGGUGAAUCCUGGAGCUGUGAUGGGGCCUAUGCUUCCCCCAACCAUCAAUGCAAGCAUGCUAAUGCUUCUUCGCCUUCUUCAGGGCUGCACCGACAUUUAUGAAGAUAUCUUUAUGGGAUCUGUUCAUGUUAAAGAUGUUGCCCUAGCACACAUAUUGGUGUAUGAGAACACAUCAGCAACUGGAAGGCACCUGUGUGUUGAAGCUAUCUCUCAUUAUGGUGACUUUGCUGCCAAGGUUGCAGAACUUUACCCUGAAUAUAAUCUCCCCAGGUUGCCCAAGGAUACCCAACCCGGAUUACUAAGGUCGAAGAUUGCAUCCAAGAAGUUGAUGGACUUGGGUCUACAAUUCAUUCCCAUGGAGCAAAUUAUCAAGGAGUCUGUUGAGAGUUUGAAGAUCAAAAACUUUAUAUCCUAAGUUAAUCUGCUUAUCCAAUUAGACUGUAGAGACUCCUACUACUAUGAAAUUGUUGGAACUUAGCAGCAUGUAUAGUGUCAAUGAAUUAUGCUUACCAACUGUGCAAUUACGCCUCAUGGUUAAAGAAAAGUCGUGAUGUGGUUUUUAAAACAUGUUUUGUUAAAAAACUUUUAUGUUAUUUUAGUUUUGGACAUGUGAUAUUGUAAAGGAAUGUAAAGUGAACUGUAUUUUGUUUAAACUUGAUAUUAUAUGAGUUUGGUAUGAUGUAUUAUAAGUUUGGAAUGGAU